AUGAAGUCUCUUCAUCAUUUGCAGUCAAAAUGGAGGUGCUUUGCUUGGAGGACAGUAUCCCACGUAGUGCUGGAGGAAUCUGGUCAAAUUCAACUCAACAAAGACAACCUGCGACUUAGUGACCCCAACUGCAUCUUGCACUCAAACGGGACUCACCUACUGGCCAACGUGCCCCUUGAUGGCUGUGGCACUCAGAUAGAGGAUGGUGGCACAUAUCUCAUUUUCAAGAAUAGGAUUUUGUCCAACGAUGACCCAAGUACCAUUAUAAGAAGGGAAACCGACGUGGACAUUGAGUUCUGCUGCAACUAUUCCAUGCAGGGGGACGUGUUGCUAAGCUACAUCGCUCACCGGCCCUCCCUAACCUUCACAAAGGAGGGCUUUGGCACGUUCACCUACCAGUUUGAGUUCUUCCAGUCACAAGCAUUUACACAGCAGGACGCAAAAUCCUACCCCCUGGAGUUUGAUGUUGGAGAUAUGAUGUACAUGCAGAUUGAGUCUAUUUCUUCUGUUCCCAACACUGAACUAUUUGCUGAAUCCUGUCGGGCUACUCCAAGUGAUAAUCCUCACGAUGCUACUUCCUACCCCAUCAUUCUGAAUGGAUGUAAGGCAGACGAAACUGUCCAGAUCUACGCCAACAGUAACCGGUCAAAGGUCCAGUUUGCAAUGAAGGCGUUCAAGUUCAUGGGGCACCAUGACCAGGUAUACAUCACCUGCUCAGUCAUCCUCUGUGAGGCUGGGAUGACCAAUAGCAGGUGCUCACAGGGCUGCAGCAGGAGCAGCCAGGUCAGCAAGAGGGAGGCAUCGUUCCAAACUGCCACAAAUCCUAGCUCAGGGCACCAAAUCCAUAAGAGGGACGUUCACAUGCAGGGCUCCGGCCAUUUCGUCUCCCAGGGUCCCUUGCGUCUCAGGCACCAUAUAGACAGCCCAGGGGCCAAAGAGAUGAACAUGAACCUGAUCUUUUGUGUUAGCUGUCUGUUGGCAGUUAUCACCAUGAUUUGUGGUGUGGUGGUGCACAGGACUCCGAGAUCUCCGAACACUGGAAUGGUUUGA